AUGCCCCAACCACCUAUCACUCCAAUGCCUCAACCACCCGUGACUCCAACCCCUCAGCCACCCCUCACUCCAAUGCCUCAGCCACCUGUGACUCCAACGCCUCAGCCACCCCUCACUCCAAUGCCUCAGUUACUCCUCACACCAAUGCCUCAGCUACCCGUCGCUCCAGGGCCCUCUGUCGUCUCUCCACUGUUCAUCGAUCGCGACUGUAUUGCUUUUUUAUUGGAGAUGUUUUCUAAUAGUACUAGCCAGCAACUCAGGACACUUCUGGAAGUAACUGGUCAUGACUUGAAUAGAGUUGUGGAUAUUUUCCCGCUGUCUGUCUACAGAAGUUGCUGCACAAAGUCCAAAUCAAGAAGACAGCAAGCCAGAAGUGAACUACAAUUUGUCGGUCAUAAACAAGACUUCAGUGAAGCUACCAAACAACCGAUCAACGCUAAAAAGGAUUGGUCCACUGCAGCAGGAACCCAAGCAAACCAGUUGGAUGUAACUGUCAAACAACUUGCACCAGCAGUUCAGAAAGAGAGAGAGAGAGAAUCUGCACAUCAACAGGAACUGAAAAAAAUGAAACAACUGUACAUGAACAAGAGAAUAAUCCUUGAAGACAAGUACAAAGGGAGGAUUGAUGAGUUUAAGGAAUGGCAUGAAGAGAGAAUGAGUGAUUUGAAUAAAACCUACCAGAAUGAGCACAAUGAACUAAGGAGACAAUUGACUGACGAGUUUCAUACUACAUUAGCUGUCCAAUCAGCUGAACUAGAUGCAACUCACGCCGAGAAUGCACGUCUACUUACAACAGCUGAUCAGACCCUGUUGGAUCAUCAGAAACAAUUAGUAGAGUUACAGCAAGAGUUGGCUCCCAAAGUCAAACAGUAUGAAGCUGACAUACAACAGUUGAUCACAGAUAAUGAGGCUAACCUUCAACGUCAGAAAGAUGAAACAAAAGCGGCCACAGCGUGUCUGCUUACAGCACUUGAUCAGGUUAAGAUGGAUCAUCGGCAACAGCUAUUAGAGCUGCAGCAAGAAAAAGAGGAAAAAGAAGAGUUGGCUCACAAAAUCAAGCAGUAUGAAGCUGACAUACAACAGCUGUUGGCAGAUAACGAGGAUAACCUUCAACGACAGAAAGAUGAAAACCGAUGGGCAAUUCAACAAUUAGAGGCUAGCCUUGAAAAUUAUCAAAAUGAAAACCACAAGCUUUCUGCUAUUAAUCAAGAACUAGAGGUUAGCCUUCAGCAAUGUCGUGAACACACCCAACAGUUGGAGAAUAAGUUGCACAACCAGGAUGAAUUGUCUCCCUACGUCCUUCCUCAAAGUCCAGACCUUAGAGAAUGUGAGGGGGUGGGGUCAUACGGAUCUGUUCAUCGUAUCCAACUGAAUGGGAUUAGCUGCAUUGCCAAACGUAUUCACGACAUUUUGCUUGGUCAAGGGAGAGAAGAAGGAGUAAAUUUAGAAGACAAACGAGCAGCUUAUAUCAAGUUUUAUUGCGAGUGUGUGUUACUGAGUCGAUUGCGCCACCCCAACAUUGUCCAGUUCAUGGGUGUGUACUACGGGCCACAGAGAGAUUACGGGAGAGAGCUCACAUUAGUUAUGGAGCGCCUGUACAUGAAUCUCGAGGGCUGCCUAAAGCAAUAUCGAAACAUUGAAAUGUGGUUAAAAGUAUCGAUUCUUCUAGACAUUACCCAAGGCUUACUCCACCUUCAUUCUCAGGGUAUUGUUCACCGUGAUCUGACAGCUCCCAACAUUCUCCUCACAACGAGCUUUCACGCUAAGAUUGCUGACCUUGGCGUCUCAAGAAUCAUCGAUGUCCACCCUCUGGCUGCCUCCAAACAGUCAAUGAUUCCCGGUACUCUCGGGUAUAUGCCUCCUGAGGCACUGGCUGAAAUCCCCGUGUAUGGCUAUGCUUUGGACGUCUUCUCUUUUGGUGUGCUAACCUUGUUUGUCCUUCUUCAAAUCUAUCCUCAGUACUAUGACAAUCUUGUGACCCCCGAAGGAUUGACUCUCAAAGAAUCUCAUAUUCAAAAACGUUCAAAAUGGAUCGACAUGUUGUCAUUCGAUAAUCCGUUUCUUCUACUAAUCCGUCAAUGUCUUCAAGAUGUGCCUGCACGAAGACCAACCACUACUAAUCUUAAUUCCGAACUGAUUCGAAUUGCUGAGACGUACCCUAAGCCUUAUCAAGAUGUUAUCGAUAUGCUAUCACAUUAAUUUUGGCCCAACCACAGCAUGGUUUUUCCCACUACUCUUCAUAGCUCUCUCUCUCUCUGUCUGUCAUGCAGGCCACACUCAGACAGUAAACAUUACUUAUAGAUAAUUAGUCCUGCAUCUGAUGAUUAUGGCCAAAAUCUGAUGAUGAUGUAUUCCUUUAGUUCACCAGUAUUUUUUUUGGAGUGAAUUAUUUUGUGUUUACAAUGGUAAAUGCAUGGUUUUGGUUUAUGUAAUGGUAUACAAUGAAACUUAGUUCCACAUAAUGA